UCCUUUCCUGCGGAGAGGUCCUCCUCACAGGAAGCCCUCGAUCUGGAGGGAUCUGGUUUUUUUUUUCCCACAAAAAUGGUCUAGGCAUAGAUAAGCAACACCGGAACAUUUCUGGGAGGAGCUUGUCUGGCCCCUUUUGUGCUCCGUGAUAACCAUCUAUGCUUUCUUGCUUAGAAGGAAAAACGGGGGUGGGUGGGUUUAAUAAUUACCUUUGUUGACCUCUGUACCUUCUGGCUUCCUUCACGCCUGGGCACAAGACAUGGCCCUUCCCGGGAUUUGGCCCUGCAGUUGCGGGCUGGGCCGUGGUCAGCGGACUGAGCAUCGUCAAGUCUUUCUAUGUGUCCCAGGUUGACCUGACUUGCUGGGUCACCCAGGCUGGCCUUGAAUUUACCUCCCUUGUGCAAGGAGUACAGGCCCUGGGACUAGCGGUGGGGAACGAUGGAGGAGACAAACUUGAGGCGACGGAGGGAGGAUGAGAAAUCCGUCCAGAGCAAUGAGCCCAAGGCCACGAAUCUCCAGAAAGAGGUGGGACUUCUCAGCGGCAUCUGUAUCAUUGUGGGCACCAUCAUCGGCUCGGGGAUCUUCAUCUCCCCCAAGUCUGUGCUGGCCAACACAGAAUCCGUGGGGCCCUGCCUCAUCAUCUGGGCAGCCUGUGGGAUCCUGGCUACGCUGGGAGCCCUGUGCUUUGCAGAGCUUGGCACAAUGAUCACCAAGUCCGGGGGCGAGUACCCCUACCUGAUGGAGGCCUUUGGCCCCAUCCCCGCCUACCUCUUCUCCUGGACCAGCCUGAUGGUCAUGAAGCCCUCCUCGUUCGCCAUCAUUUGCCUCAGCUUUUCGGAGUACGUGUGCGCGGCCUUCUACGUGGGCUGCAAGCCCCCUAACGUGGUCGUGAAACUCCUAGCUGCCGCUGCCAUCUUGCUCAUCACUACGGUGAACGCGCUGAGCGUGCGACUUGGGAGCUACGUCCAGAAUGUCUUCACGGCGGCCAAGCUGGUGAUCGUGGCCAUCAUCAUCAUCAGUGGACUGGUCUUCCUGGCCCAAGGAAACACGAAGAACUUUCAGAACUCUUUCGAGGGCGCGCAGACCUCGGUGGGCGCCAUCAGCCUGGCGUUUUACAACGGGCUCUGGGCCUACGAUGGGUGGAAUCAACUCAACUACAUCACUGAAGAGCUUAGAAACCCCUACAGAAACCUGCCCAUGGCCAUCAUCAUCGGGAUCCCUCUGGUGGGGGUGUGCUACAUCCUCAUGAAUGUCUCCUACUUCACCGUGAUGACCCCCACGGAGCUCCUGCAGUCCCAGGCCGUGGCCGUGACCUUUGGAGACCGCGUUCUGUACCCAGCAUCUUGGGUAGUCCCACUUUUUGUGGCCUUCUCGACCAUCGGCGCUGCCAACGGGACCUGCUUUACGGCGGGCAGACUCAUCUAUGUGGCAGGCCGAGAAGGCCACAUGCUUAAAGUGCUCUCGUACAUCAGCGUCAAGCGCCUCACGCCCGCCCCUGCCCUCAUAUUUUAUGGUAUCAUAGCCACCAUUUACAUCAUCCCUGGUGACAUCAACUCCUUAGUCAACUAUUUCAGCUUUGCUGCAUGGCUGUUUUACGGGAUGACAUUCCUAGGGCUCGUUGUGAUGAGAUUCACGAGGAAAGACCUGGAAAGGCCCAUCAAGGUGCCCAUCGUCAUCCCCAUCUUUGUGAUUCUCGUUUCUGUCUUCCUGGUGUUGGCCCCAAUCAUCAGUAAGCCAGCCUGGGAGUAUCUCUACUGCGUGCUGUUCAUACUCAGCGGACUUAUCUUCUACUUCCUCUUCGUUCACUACAAGUUCGGAUGGGCCCAGAGGAUCUCCCGGCCGGUCACCAAGCAUCUGCAGUUGCUGAUGGAAGUUGUCCCGCCAGAGAAGGACCCGGAAUAAAAAGUCCAUCACGCAUAGCCCAAAGCUGCAAUCAAUUUAUUUUUGUAAGCAAUUAUUUGUGGUUAUUUCUUGCUGGUGUUUUUCUUAAUGAAAACAUGUAUCCAGAUAUAUGUUUAGUAUUUUUAGCUAUCCUUAAUUCUGUGAGUUAAGGGUCUUAAAUGGAGGAAGAGAUGUUUUUAGAAGUUAUCAGGAGUGCUAGCUCAACAGGCAAAAGCAGGUGGAGCUCUGCGACUCUGAGACCAGCCUGGUCUACACAGUGAGUUCCAGGCCAGCCAGGACCCGGGCUCAAAACCAAAGAACAAAAAUCCACACAUUAUCAGGAGGUGUCACCAGAGGACUGGUGGCCAGGGAAGGCUGCAGAGCAGCGUCUCCAUGACAGUGAAGUCACCACACUGACCGAGCGUCCCCAUGACAGUGCAUUGCACUGGAAUCAGCACAUGCUCAGCAGACACAGUAACCACAGGCAGUCCCUAAACACCCAUACCAAGCUGCUUUUUCUGCUCUGCUCAGCACAGGUCACUGGCAGGGGUUUGAAAUGCGUUUUUAUGCUGCUCCUCCUCUCUGCACAGCUGGUCUGUGCCCUUUGCCACUGUCCUAGGGAACCCCAUUGGUGUCAGCAUCACCCAGCUCACUGCCUUCACUGGCAUUUUUGCUUUCUACAAAGUGUGAAUAAAAUGUCACUUUGCGUUUGACACACAGCAAACUGCUUCAAACAAUGACAUUGCUGUAAGGACACUGGAACUUUAUUGACAAGGACACUCAUAUCAUAUAGGAGCCAUUCUAGAGCACAGACUCAAGGAUUUCCACCUCACAUUUCAGAAGGUUACCCCACUCGGUACAUUUUCAUAUGAUACAGAAAAGCAAGAGCUGAUUGUUUGCAUAGUCAGCCUCCUAUGUGCAAAAGUGUUGCUCAGAGGUUUAAAUAUUGGCAAGUCUGACCAUCUGAAAAGAAACGAUUUAAACAGAGCUCUGUCCCCACAAUUUCCCUGGAUCUGCUGAGACAGCCUGACACUCGGUGUACCCGGUGCCACCAUGGCCGUCACCGGCCCACAUCUGUACAAGUGGACAAAGCCAGCCCCACAGCUGAAUUGUCACAGCAAGAUGCCACGCUUUCUGUUGUCCCAAGAGCCACCCUGCUCUGUGGCCACUGUGAGCGUCACCGCAGCAGGAAGGAUGUGUUCCUGGCAGCUGCCCAGGCUGGACAGCCUCUGACCCUCUUCACAGUUGACGGGAAAGCCAGGUGCCCACCCUACAAACCCCUGGACUCCUGUGCCGCAUAUGCUCAGGUCUUAUCUUACAGGCAAGAAAACCAAGAACCAGCCCGGGCCCCGUGAGCCAGGAGGUUACUCCAGGCCAUGCAGCGGUCACUACUGGGGACUACGGAAGGCUGGACAUCUGUGUUUUUUCUAUUUUCUUCAGUUUUAUGACAUUGAGUCUUACAUAGCCCAGGCUGACCCGAAACUCCCGGUCCUCUUGUUUCUACCUCUCAAUUCUGGGUUACGGGCUUGGGCCACCAUGCCCAUCUUCGCUGUGCGUUCUGAUGUAAAAAGGAAUAAAUUCUCGGGGCAGUCACUCAA